AUGCGGCCAGCACAACAAACUCAGAGCAAUCUCAAUUAUGGUCUGGACCCCGACGUUGUUCUGGGGGAUAAUUGGGAUACAAUUGAGCAUGGGAAGGCUUUGGGUCAAGGCAAAUCGUUCUGGGUUUCGCCUUUCCUCACUCGACACACGAUUGAACUCAAUCUAAUGGAGCCAAAUGUGGUCAUGCUCAAUGAGCUAAGUUGA